AUGUCGUCCGAAGCACCACCACCGUUUACCCAACGGAUGCUUGGCUUGCUAGAACCAGCACAGCUCAUGGCUUGGGCAAUGUCCCACUAUUUCCGAGCCUGCUCUGAAGCCGUCAAAGACGGCCAGAUCCUCGCACCAAUCACACAAACCCGCAGAUUGCGCGAUGAAGCAUUCGGUAGAUUCUGGGUUGAAUUCAGCUUGGGUAGCAGUGCUCUAAUCCCACCACUCCUAAAAACAGCCAAUGGAACCGUCCUAGACGUAGGCCCAGGAACAGGAACCCAAAUGCCCCUCCUAACAUCCCCACAUAUCACAUCCCUCUAUGGCGCCGAGCCCUGCGCGGGUUUGCAUAAAGAACUGCAGGCCCGUGCAGUCGCCGAAGGUAUCUCUGACAAAUACCACAUCCUGCACUGCGGCGCCGCAGCAGCGGAGCUUAUCCCCGCGCUGAAAGCGACAGGCACGGGUGUCGUUGAUGGGUUUGAAGGUGAUGCGAGGGCUGGCGUUUUCGAUACGAUAUUGUGUGUUCGAGUUCUUUGUUCUGUGCCGAACAUGGAACGCACAAUUGCCGAGUUGUAUGGGCUUUUGAAGCCUGGGGGAAAGUUGCUUGUCACUGAGCAUGUUGUUAAUCCGUGGGGGAGGGCCAAGGGGUCUAUUUUGGCGAGGAUUGCGCAGGCUGUUUAUCAGUUCUUUGGGUGGAGUUGGUUUAUUGGGGAUUGUUGUAUGACUCGGGAUGUUGAGGGCGCGGUUAGGGGGGCUGCUGAUUGUGAUGGGGGUUGGGAGAUGGUGGAGUUGGAGAGGUCUUUCGAGUGGUCUGCUAUGCCUUAUAUUUCUGGAACUUUGGUCAAGAAGGGGAUUUAG